AUGGCUGUGUAUGGUGGCUCCAUAAUGGCUGUGAGUGAGGCCCUGGUGUGUGGGAGGAACACUCUCCUGCCACUCUGGCUGGGGGUGAUUCUGUUCCCAUAUGGAUGGUUCCAGGCUGUGCUCUCCCAACACCGUGGUCCCCCAGAAGUGGUGAUUCCCUUGAGGGUAACAGGCACUGGCAUUGGCAUGAAGACUAAAGACUGGCUCUCGUACAGAAUGCGUUUUGGGGGGCGGAAUCAGCUCAUACACAUGAAGGUCAACAGGCAUUUUCUGUCCAGACACUUCCAAGUGUUUACCUACUCGGACCAGGGCGCUCUUCUUGAGGACCAGCCUUUUGUAAAGAAUGACUGCUACUACCAUGGUUAUGUGGAGGGGGACCCAGAAUCCCUGGUUGCCCUCAGUACCUGUUUGGGAGGUUUACAGGGCAUAUUACAGACAAAUGACCUUGUUUAUGAAAUAGAGCCCAAGAGACGUUCUACCACCUCAGAACAUCUCAUAUAUAAAGUGGACAGUGAGGAGACACAGUUGCCGCCCAUGAGAUGUGGAGUAACAGAUGAAGAAAUAGCACAACAACUGAAGUUUCCAGAGAGUGUUAAUUUCACUUUGAUGCAGAGUGGGUAUGAAGGCUGGUGGACUCACAGGCGGAUUCUUGAACUGGCAGUGGUGGUGGACCACUAUCGCUAUCUUCAUCACCAAAGUAACACCACAGCUGUGCAGUAUGAAGUACUACUUGUUGCCAAUAAAGUAAAUAACUUUCUGAGUUCACUGGAUGUUGAUGUGGUUUUAAUGGGAAUUGAGGUCUGGACAGAAAAAAAUCCAAUUAAAAUAGAUAACAUAGUAGAUCUCCUGGAAGAAUUUUGCAUUUGGAAGCAAACUAGCUUUAACAGCCGCCUUCCACAUGAUGUUGCACAUCUUUUUGUAAAACAUAGCUAUGGUAUUACUCUUGGCAUUGCCUUUAUUGGAACAGUAUGUAACUUUACAUAUAAUUGUGGAGUGGAAAGUCUAAUGUACAAUAAUUUGUAUAUGGUUGCAUACACUAUGAUCCAUGAGAUUGGUCAUAAUUUCGGUAUGCUACAUGAUGGACCAACUUGUACAUGUGGACAUAAAACUUGCGUAAUGUUUCCAGGUAUAUCAGGUACAACAAGAUUCAGCAACUGCAGCUAUGCUAGCUUCAUCAACACCACAGCAAGUCAAAACUGUAUGUACAUUUCAUCAAAUACAGGGAACAUCUUCACACUUGCACGGUGUGGGAACAAUGUGAUUGAAGAAGGAGAAGAGUGUGACUGUGGCGCUUUACAUUUGUGUAUAAAUGAUCCCUGCUGUGAGUCAAAUUGCAUUCUGAAACCUGGGGCUGCUUGUGCUUCUGGGCUCUGUUGCAAAGACUGCCAGAUCCUGCCCACAGGCGAAGUUUGUAGACAAGAGGAAAAUGACUGUGAUCUCCCAGAGUGGUGCAAUGGGACUUCCUACCAUUGUCCAGAGGAUGUGUAUGUGCAGAAUGGGGUGCCAUGCAAGGGCGGUGGCUACUGCUAUGAAAAGAGAUGCAAUAACCGUGAAGAGCAGUGUAGGAACAUUUUUGGCAAAGAGGCCAAGAGUGCAAAUCAGAGUUGCUACACAGAAAUGAACACCCGUGGUGACCGUUUUGGGAACUGUGGUCUAAUGAACGCUUCAUACGUAAAAUGUAACAACUCAGAUACCUUGUGCGGGAGGGUUCAGUGUGAAAACGUGACAGAACUUCCCCUUCUGAGAGAUCAUUCUACUGUGCAUUGGACUCAGUUCAAUGACAUCACCUGCUGGGGUACCGACUACCACUUCGGGAUGACCAUACCUGACAUUGGUGAUGUGAGAGAUGGGACAGAGUGUGGGGAAGAACGUGUCUGCAUCCAAAGGAAGUGUGUCCAUAGGUCACUUCUGGUAAAUAAUUGUUCACUUAAAACCUGCAAUCUGAAAGGAGUCUGCAACAACAGACAGCACUGCCAUUGCAACUAUAAGUGGGACCCUCCCUUCUGCCUGAAAAGAGGCCAUGGAGGUAGUAUUGAUAGUGGGCCACCCCCUGGGAGAACAGUGAGGCAAAAGACCAAUUACCUGGAACUACUUUGGUUGAUUCAUUUAAUUCCUUUAUUAUGCUUGUUAAUUUUGGGUUUUCUGACACGCAGAAGAACAGAGAAGAGUGAAGAGCAGAAUGUGGCACCUUCACAUGAGUAA